UGCGGGCCCAGGCCCAGGAGCAGGAGCAGAGGGAGAGGAGGGGAGGGGGCGCCACCCCCGGGACCCCCGCCCGGCCCCUCCCCCGCCAUCGCCGUGGGGGUCCCGCCAGGGCCCCCCCCCCACGUGCCCCCCGAGGUGCUCAAGGUGCAGACCCACCUGGAGAACCCCACCCGGUACCACCUGCGCGCGGCGCAGCGGCAGCAGCUGCGGCAGUACCUGAGCCACGCCCACCGGGGGGGCGGGGCCGGCAGCCCCCUCAGCCCCUCCCCCCCGCCGGGACCCCCCAGGGCCCCCCCCGAGCCCCCCCUGAGCCCCCCCCAGGGGCUGCUGCACCACGAGAAGGAGAUCGAUGAUGUCAUCGAUGAGAUCAUCAGCCUGGAGUCGAGCUACGAGGACCUGCUGGGCCUGGAGGGGCCCCUCCCCCUCCCCAGCACGGUCCCCAUCCCCGGGCCCCUCCUGGAGGUUUUCAGCCCCGCCCAGGGCGGGAGCAGCUCCUGCCCGGCCGAGCUGCCCCGGGUCAAGGCCGAGCUCUCAGAAUCGGAGGCCAAGGCGCUGCUGAAGGAGAGGCAGAAGAAGGACAACCACAACCUCAUUGAGCGGCGCCGACGCUUCAACAUCAACGACCGGAUCAAGGAAUUGGGGACCCUGAUCCCCAAAAACAGCGACCCGGAGAUGCGCUGGAACAAGGGCACGAUCCUGAAGGCCUCGGUGGAUUACAUCCGCAAGCUGCAGAAGGAGACGCAGCGAGCGCGGGAGCUGGAGCUGCAGCAGCAGCGCCUGGAGCAGCAGAACCGCAGCCUGCAGCUGCGGGUGCAGGAACUGGAGCUCCAAGCCCAAAUCCACGGGCUCCCCCUGACCCCCGCCAUGGCUGAGGGGGGCUGCGAGGAGCCCUCGGGGGGGGGUCUCCCCUUUGCCCCCCCCACCCCGCAGUGCCUGCUGGAGCUGCCCCCGGGGCUGGCGCUGCCCCUGGCGCUGGGGGGCCCCGAGGGGACCCUCGAGGACAUCCUGAUGGACGAUGGGGGGGUGCUGUCCCCGCUGGGCCCCCCCGGCACCCUCCUGGCCUCGCCGGGCCCCUCAAGGGCCUCCAGCCCCCGCAGCAGCCUCAGCAUGGAGGACGAGCCCUGAGAAGAGCCCGGCUCUGGGGGGGAUUUUUAGGGACCCCUCCCCAUCUUUUUCGGACCCCCUGCCCUCCCUGAUGUGUUCUGGGUGGGCCCCACCAGGCGCCGUUUGAAGAGUCUUAAAGCGGGCGAGCGCUUUGUAAUGGAGGCCCCGCCCCCUUAAGGGGUGUUGCCCUUUUAAGGCGCCUGGCUCCUCUCUUGAAGGGGCCCGGCCGGGCGUGGCUCAUUGGAAGGGAGGGGGCAGCCCCCUCCAUGUGUGGCCCCUUUAAGGCGCUGGCGUCGGGCCCCACCUGGGCGUGGCCCUUUGAAGGUGCCGCAGAAAGCCCCGCUCCUCCGUGAGGCCACGCCCACUUCCCGGCUCACCCAAUCAGAGGGCUCCUGAGUGCUGGGCCCUCCCACAGUUUGUGUGCAUGGACGUGGCUGUGCAGACGAAUCGUGACACAAAGUAGUCCCGCUCGGUGCUGGGAGCGUGGAAGGCGGAGGCACAUUAGAGAUCGGCUGUGCAGGGCUACGCGCUGCGGAGGGAUCUCGGUCACGUGGCCGUGCCCGGCAGAGGGAGAGACGCAGAAGGAUACAUGCAAGGCGCUGCAGUAUUCGCCUGCUCUGGUGCCGUGAUGGUUCCCGAUGGCGGCGGAAGCGGCGUCACAGGGCACAGGGAUUGCCGGCUGUGGCUGCACAGCGGCAUGCAGCAGCCCGGGACCGGGAUGCACAGCGGCAUGCAGCGGCUCGGAACCGGGACCGGGCUGCACAGGGGGAUGCAGCGGCUCGGCCGGGACCGGGCCGCACCAAAGCUGCGGCGAAAGCAGCGCGGGAAGGCGGCGGGGCCGUGCAGAUAGAGCUGCGCAUGCGUGCGGCUGAACCCGGAAGCAGCGCUGUGGUUGGAUGAGGUGCGGAGUGAUGUCGCUGCGGCUAGGGGUUGCAGCAACUGCGCAUGCGUGCAGGCGUCACUAGGUCCGCGUCGGGAGCCAUCAUGGCUGGCGGCCGGGCGGGGAGAGCGGGAGGCGGUGGAGCUGCGGAAACGGGGACAGGGCUGUGGCUGCGGUCGUGGAGGGGAGCGGCGGGACGCCCGUGGUUGCAGGAGGCGGCGUAGCCGCGCCCUCCAGCAGCUCUGAAGCGGGGGGCCGCGGUGGGGAAGGCGCGGCUCGGCCCGCCAUGCAGCGGGAGCGGGAAAGGGACCACGGGCGGUG